CUUCGGUUAUCAGUUGCAUAUGAACAGUCACAGCGAAAUGAACAUCUGGAAGGGAAAAGUUCUUACAGACGUGCCAUUCGGUCAUGUUCUGGUAUUUAGUGGAAAAAUCAAACCAAAUCCAAACAAGAUCUCGCUGGAUUUAACGGAUAACAUAAAUGCAAAAAAUGAAAGUGAAACUGUUUAUUUGAAACUUGAAGCUAAUUUCCGAGAGAACCAAAUAAUUCGAUCCAUGUUUCAGCCGGGAGAAGGAUGGCAACAGGAGGAAAUCUCAAAGAAUUGGAAAAGCGAAGGCCCGAAAAAUCCCUUAGUACCAGGACAGACGUUUACAUUUCGCAUUGCUAUCCUGCAAAAAUGCUUCGAAAUCUAUGUAAACGACAAUAUUUAUGGGACCUUUGAGUUUGUUAAGUUCCCCAAACAGAUUCAAUAUGCCAUGAUCUAUGGUGACUUUGAGAAGGUAACACAAUUUCAUCACCGCAUGCUGUUCCCGCUGGUCUUCCCCAAGAGCCUUAUAUGUGCAGAGAAAAUCGCAUUUCAAAGUGAUGUCCCAAGGAAAUAUGAAGCAGGAACUGUGGUUGCCUUGGAGUGCAUCGCCAAAGGACCACCCACAACAGAGUUUUCCAUUUGUUUCCAAUGCAACGACACUGGCCGCGUGGUAUUAAAAUUCCAUGUGAAUUUCAAUACAACUUCGGUGAUACGCAGCUAUCAACGAGAAGACUGCAGUUAUUGCUCUGAUGAUGAGGAAACCGAAGGAGAAUUUCCCUUCCAACGUGGCAAAAUUUUCAAAAUUGCCUUUGGCGUUGGUGACAAGGCAUUUAUUAUCGCCGUCAAUGGCCAAUACUUCACCUACUACAAUUACCCAUAUCGGUGUUUCUCCAUAUCCACGCUGAAGUGCUUGACCAAUCUCGUUGGAGAUUUACAAGUACGCAGCAUAGAAUAUCAUUCGGAUUCUCCGCUAUUGGCCCGCGUCGAAAAAUUGUCCUUAAUGUGAUUGACAUGCAUUUACUAAUUAGACUGGAGUUUAAUUGGCCUUCUUGGUCAUCUAGUGGAGAGAGCACCUGUUGGAAAUAAAAUUGUUGUUGGAAAAUAUGUUUCAAGUA